AACAAGGAGCAUAGCUUACAGUAUUAUCCAGAACCCAAAUUCUGUGGCUCUCCUUUACUUUUCUACUAAUUUCUACCCAAACAGAUCUCUGACGAACAAACACAAUCGGCUAUUCAUCAGCUUCAGCCAUGAACGACAAGGUGGACAAGCUGGUCAUCUUCCUAGCAAAGAGAGAUGGUAUUGACAAGCUUGUCAAGACCUUCCAAUACACCUCCAAGCUUGUCCACUGGCACGCCGAAGCCACCCACCCAGAUAUAGCCGGAAGAGCCAAGCGCUGGGAGGUCGCCUCGGGGCUUAGCCGGAAAGCUUUCAGGAGCGGCCGGUUUCUCACCGGCUUCAAUGGGCUAAGAAGAAGCCCCGGCUCAACCCCUACUCUCCGGUUCCUAGCGGUUCUUGCAAACGCCGGGGAAAUGAUCUACUUCUUUUUCGACCACUUUCUUUGGCUGUCAAGAGUUGGAACCUUGGACCCCAAGUUGGCGACAAAGAUGAGCUUCAUAUCAGCAUUUGGUGAGUCUUUUGGGUAUAUUUUCUUUAUUAUAUCUGAUUUCAUUGUCAUCAGAGAGGGAGUGGAGGCGGAGAAAAAGCUUGCCGAGUCAAAAGGAGAAACAGAGGAUGCGAAACAGAGCAUCAAAAAGAUCAGAGCUGAUAGAGUGAUGAGGCUGAUGGCGGUGGCAGCUAAUGUUGCUGACUUAAUCAUUGGAUUGGCGGACAUCGAACCCAACCCUUUCUGCAACCAUGCUGUCACUCUUGGGAUCAGCGGAUUGGUCUCUGCAUGGGCUGGCUGGUACAGAAAUUGGCCCUCAUAAGCUUAAGAUUCCUGUUUAAAAUGAAAACAAAAAAACAAAAAGAUGUUGGAAAUUGAGAGAUUGAGAGAUACCCAAGUGUUGCAAACUGAUGAUGUUGUGUUUGAAACUCUGAUCCCAAUAUGCAGCUGCAUACUCUUCCGGUGUAUGUGUAUAAUUAUAAUAACAUAAUGUAGAUUUUACUGUCACUUUACUUGAA